AUGCCGGCCGGAGCAACGUCCGGCCGCGGCGGGCGGGCACGCCCCAAAGGCCCCCCGAACAGGAAGGAAUCCCCUGGGACGGCCUCGUCCGAGCGCAGCGACCCCUUCGAGUCGGAGGACGAGCCGUCCGGGCGAGAGGCUGGCAAGGGCCGCCGGGGGGAAGCCCCAGACGCGCCGGCCCCGGAAACCACCAUCCCGCGCGACCUGCUCACGCGCGCGCUGCACGACUUCUUCACCAAGGACGCGACGAGGAUAUCGCGCGACGCCAACGCCGCCGUGGGCAAGUACAUGGAUGUGUUUGUGCGGGAGGCGAUUGCGCGGGCGGCGGUGGAAAAGAGCGCCGGCUUCUUGGAGGUGGAGGACCUGGAGAAGAUUACGCCGCAGCUUCUGCUGGAUCUGUGA